UUCAAGAUGGCGGCGGCGGCCGCCGGUGUGGGUGGAGGUACUCGCCGGGGCCGGAGCUCUUCUGAUGAAGAAGAUCCACUGGUACCUGUUUCAGGAGUGUCUACAAAAGGAAAUUUAAGAACAAGGUGUUUGCCAAAAUAUCAAACAGGUCAAACUGAACUGCAGGUGCCUGUAGCUGUUGCUUCUGUUUCCAUGGAUCCUGAUAGAGGUACAGGAGGAGGUCCGACAGGGCAGCAGGGCACUAAUGAAGGAGGAAUGAAGAGUGCUUCUUUAAAGGAUUUGUGUCCUGAGGACAAGAGACGCAUUGCGAACUUAAUUAAAGAACUUGCCAGGGUAAGUGAAGAAAAAGAGGUGACGGAAGAACGGCUGAAAGCUGAACAGGAAUCCUUUGAGAAGAAGAUCAGACAGCUAGAGGAGCAGAAUGAACUUAUCAUCAAGGAAAGGGAAGCUCUGCAGCAGCAGUACAGAGAAUGCCAAGAACUUUUGAGCCUUUAUCAGAAGUACCUAGCUGAGCAGCAAGAAAAACUAUCACACUCCCUUUCUGAACUCAGUGCUGCCAAGGAAAAGGAGCAGAAGGCAUCCAGUGGGAAGAGCUUGUGCCAGCAGCACCCUUUGGGGCUGGACAGCUCCUACUUGGGUGUUGGGGGACCUUGGACUCUUCAUAAGAACAGCAGAGCACCGAAGGCUGUGAGCCCAGCGCAUGUUGAGUUUUCUCAGCCUUGCAGGAAUAACCACGAUUACAGGACUGAAAUGCAUUACAACCAUCAGGAAUGUCUGAAGGAGUAUCCAAUGGAAAAUGACUUGCACAGAAAGUGCAACAAUGUGAUUUCCCCAGCCAAGCAGAGGAGCCCUCACCAUGUAAAGCAAGCUCAGGAGAUGGACCAGAGGGCAGGUGAAAUUCAGAGUGCAUGCCCUCAGCAAGUGAGUCAUGGCUGUGCCUGGAGGCACGUGGGGAGCUCAGGGAGCAUGGAAGAGAGCUGCUAUGUCAGCCAGGUACUUAGGAAACACUCAGGGACAGUUCACAAGACCCAUGAUCAUUCCAGGCACUGUCGAGGUUCUAGGCUGAAUCACAGCACAGACUCAGGCCCUAAGGAAACAGAGCUGGCUAAAAGAUUGUAUGAAGAAAGAAGGCAGAAGCUGCUUCUUCAAAAACUGGAGCUGGAAAUUGAAAAGGAGCGACUCCAACAUUUAUUGACUAAGCAAGAAGCAAAACUGCUCCUAAAACAACAGCAACUACACCAAUCCCGUAUGGAUUAUAACAGGGUUAAAGGCCAUGUACCUGGCUCAGAAGAUGUGCCCAUUGCUGAAGCACCCAGAGAUCUUGCUCUGAUGAUGAAUGGCAGCAGCAUGGGGCUAAGUGUCCCUGUGUUGAAACAUGAAGAUUACUUACUGAGGACAUCUCCAGUGAGCAAAAACUCCAGAAAACCAGGGAGCAGUCAUGGGAGCAGUUCAGGGAAGAAAAUGGUUGGCUUUGGUAUAAAUGUGGAUGAUGGGCAAAGCCCUCAAAUGCAGACCAAGAGGGAAGGCACCAAGUCCAGGAAAGGGACAACUUCAGGACUUAGGAAGGAUGCAGCCAUAUCUCCCGGGUUGAUGGGCAGCAGCAAAGUGCCUGCAACCACAGCCAUAUCACCGAUUCAGCAUGACCCUUCACGGUACCAAGCCUCUCUUCUUGACCUGGUGGAGUCUAUGAGCCCAGUAUCAGCUCCAGGACAGCUCUGCUGGGAACCUUGUGACAGGAGCAAACCGCACCUGCCCUGCUGUGUGAGCCACAGGCUGUCCUCCUCUUGGUGCCAGAGCCCCUGCAGCCCCAGGAGCAGAGCGGAUGAGCUGGAGGAGAGUCGGCUCCUCGAGGAGAUCUUCUUCAUUUGACACUACUCCUUGGUCUGCACCUCGUCUGAAAUUAUUUGAGUGAUCACUGCUUGUUUUCCCUCUUCUAAAACAUAGCCAAUUAGCAUCCAGGUUCAUUUUGGAUUUAGUGAUCAUGAUGCAAGUAUAUUGUUGGGGUACGCCAAUCAGAAAGUGUUAACUUUUUCCCUAAACCUUUCAUGUGCCAAGUAAUCAAUUUACAAUAGCAUUUUUUUAAAAUCUACAACAUUUUCUAAUACAUUGAAGUCACAGUUUUGCCAGCCUUAUAUCGAAAGUAUAUUUCAUUAUUGAUUUUUUUUGCUCUAAAGCAGUUUGCAAGAACUGCCUAACAUUCAACAACCAGCAUGUUCAAAGUAGAUUAUUUUCUAAUUAAACAAGUCUGUUUAAAACCUGGCAUAUUAUAAAGGUACAAGCACUUUAGUACUUUUUCACUGAUUUUAUGAUCUACUUUUUCCUUCAACAUUCUGAUAUUUAACACACUGAG